GGAUUAAUAUCCCAAACUAAGCAGGCAAUCCUUCGUUCGAGCCCUCAAGAAAGGGUCUGGGACGUGCAGUGGCAGCAUUUCAGCUGACAUAGAGACUGGAACAGAGGGGGGCUGCAGCGGUGGGGCCGUAGAUUGGUGCGACACAGGGACAAAUGGAAAGAACGGAGAAGAAAUACCUCAACGCGGAGCGUGAGGAUGAGAUGGAAGUGGUGGGUUACCAGCCAUGCUGGUGGAAGCUGGGCCUGGUCGGUGUAGGAACAGUGUGCAGUGGCGGGCUGCUGCUCCUCGUUCUCUACUGGAUGCCUGAGUGGAGCGUCAAGUGGAUGUGCAGGGAAGUCUCGCUCCGAGAUGCUACAGUUCUGCUGCUUUGGACCACGGAUGAGUUCCGCACAUGCUUCAGGGUCAGAGUGCAGUUCAUGGAGGCUCCGGGCUACGAUCCCCUGGGAGUGCUGUUUCCCAGCUGUGAUAAGGAACCUGUGUGCAGUGCAGCUUCCGUCAUGAUUGAGCACCCAGAGUGUGAAAAGGGCCUGCUGCCUGACACUCCAGAUGUGGAAAGAGUUCAGAUCCGUUAUUUCGUCCAUCAAAACAUCAAGUACAUGUGGAGCCCACAUGGGCAGGCGUUCCAUAGACUGGCCGCGCUGGAGAAGGGAAUCCCGUGCUCAGCCCUCCACGCGUGUCAAAGUGCCACUCUGCCCACAACCAGCAAAGACUAUCGGAAGCUCUUCUAUGGUGAGAAUCAGAUUGAUGUGAAAGUGCCUUCAAUCCCUCGACUCCUGAUAAAGGAGGUGUUGAACCCAUUCUACAUUUUCCAAGUCUUCAGUGUGAUUCUCUGGACUAUUGAUGAUUAUUACCUGUACGCGUCUGCCAUUGUCUUCAUGUCUGUUGUCUCCAUCUGUACCUCCCUAUACACUGUGAGAAAGCAAUACGUCCUCCUCCACGACAUGGUGGCUGCCCACAACGUGGUCCGAGUGAGGGUUUACCGCAGCAACAACACAACGGAGGAAAUCUUCUCCACCGACCUAGUACCCGGAGAUGUCAUCCUCAUCCCAAUCAAUGGCAUGAUAAUGCCGUGUGACGCCGUACUGAUCAGCGGAACAUGUGUGGUCAACGAGAGCUUGUUAACGGGGGAAAGUGUGCCCAUCCUGAAAACCAACCUCCCGGUCCCUUCCCAGUGCAAUGGGACAGCGCAGGAAGAAGAGGAGGAAGAGGUGUACAGCCCAGAGAACCACAAGCGCCACACACUCUUCUGCGGCACGGCGGUCAUCCAGACGCGGUUUUACAGGGGUGAGCCGGUGAAAGCUGUCGUUGUCCGUACAGGCUUUUACACCUCGAAAGGGCAGCUGGUUUGCUCGAUCCUUUACCCGAAGCCCACCGACUUCAAGCUGUACCGCGAUGCGUAUCGCUUCCUGCUCUGCCUGGUGUGCGUGGCUGGGCUCGGCAUGGUCUACAGCAUAGUCAGCAGUGCCCUGAACGGGGAGGUGGCUCAGCGUAUCGUCAUCGAGGCGCUGGACAUCAUCACAAUCACCGUGCCGCCCGCCCUCCCCGCUGCCAUGACGGCUGGCAUCGUCUACGCUCAGCAUCGCCUCAAGAGGAAGGGCAUCUACUCUAUCAGCCCGCAGCGCAUCAACGUGUGUGGGCAGCUCAAUCUGGUCUGCUUCGACAAGACAGGGACACUGACCGAGGACGGUCUGGACAUGUGGGGUUUUCUCCGUGCUCAGGAUGGAAGGUUUCUCUCCCUGGAACGCGACGUCUCCGGCCAGAGUCUCUCUCGGUCACACUUCAUUGCUGCCAUGGCAACCUGCCACUCACUGACUAACAUCGAGGGGAAGAUUUCAGGGGACCCACUGGACUGCAAGAUGUUUGAGGCGACGGGCUGGGUCCUGGAGGAGCCCACCGCUGAGGAGACAGCCCUGCACGACCAGAUCAUGCCCACUGUUGUACAUCCCCCACGGCAGACUACCUCUGCGACACCCAGCUGUGGGGAUGCCGACAUGGAGCUACAGGAGCUGAUGGUGAGUACAGCACUCUCCCGUUCCCUUCCUUCCACUCCGUCCGUUUCGACUGCGUUCUUUUUUGUGGCAGUUCCAGAGAAUUUUUCGGAGGUCUUGGAGAAGUACACUCAGCAGGGCCUGAGGGUGAUUGCCGUGGCCCACCGCAAGCUGGAGGCGAAGCUGACUUGGCACAAAGUGCAGAACGUCAACAGGGCUGUGAUCGAGGGCAACAUGGAAUUCCUUGGACUGAUCAUGAUGCAGAACAAGCUGAAGCCACGCUCUAUUCCCAUCCUCAGCGAGCUCAGGAAAGCCUGUAUCCGUGCAGUGAUGGUGACCGGGGACAACAUGCUGACGGCGGUCUCUGUGGCCCGUGAAUGUGGGAUGAUCCCGCCAAACGGGAAGGUGAUAGUCACGGAAGCGUUGCCACCGAAGGACGGCCAGUCUGCCACAAUCCACUGGCAGUAUGCUGAGGAUCCGAGCGUGUGGAAGAAGCCGGUGACGAAUGAAACCAAGGAUUUCCAUAUAAACAUAGAGAAUGACCGUCUGAAAGAGGGACCCCAGUCGCCUGAAAUCUCCUACCAUUUCGCCAUGAGCGGGAAGUCCUUCUCUGUGAUCGCAGAACACUUCCCGGACUUGCUUCCCAAGCUGCUCCUGUGUGGCACGGUUUACGCUCGUAUGGCUCCAGAUCAGAAAACUCAGCUGGUGGAGGUCCUUCAGAAAGUGGACUAUUAUGUCGGAAUGUGUGGCGAUGGUGCUAAUGAUUGUGGGGCGCUAAAGCGAGCUCACGCCGGGAUCUCCCUCUCGGAGCUCGAGGCUUCCGUGGCGUCACCUUUCACCUCAAAAACUCCAGACAUUUCCUGUGUGCCGGAUCUCAUCAGGGAGGGUCGGGCAGCCCUGGUCACCUCAUUCUGCGUGUUCAAAUUCAUGGCUUUGUACAGCAUCAUCCAGUAUCUCUCCGUCUUGCUGCUUUAUUCUGUCCUGAGUAACCUGGGAGAUGUGCAGUAUCUGUUCAUCGACUUGGUCAUCAUCAUGUCCAUUGCUUUUACAAUGAGCCUGAAUUCAUCCUGGAAGGAGCUGGUCCCACGCAGGCCACCGUCCAGCCUGAUCUCAGUGCCGAUGCUGCUAUCCGUGUCGAUGCAGAUCCUCCUCUCGUUGGCCUUUCAGGUCACGGCCUUCCUGCUGGUUAAGGAACAGCCCUGGUACGAGACGUGGACCCCCUCCUCAAAUGUUUGUAAUGGGAUCCAGGGGAACACCAACGUUUCACUUCACAAUGAGUCUGAAGUGGAUGAGCACAAUGUCUCGAAUUAUGAAAAUACGACACUUUUUUUUGUCUCCUGUUGCCAGUAUCUGGCAGUUGCUUUUGUGUUCUCGAAGGGACGACCCUUCAGGCAGCCUGUCUACAGAAACUAUUUAUUUAUGGGUUGUAUUCUGGUCCUUUACGGUUUCAUCAUUCUGAUUAUGAUGUACCCAAUUGACAUGGUUGAUAACUUCUUUCAGCUGGUCUGUGUACCUUCGGAUUGGCGAAAUAAGAUGUUGUUUUUAAUUCUGGCCAACGUAACUCUUUGUGUUCUGGUGGAGAAUGUCUUGUGUGACCACAGCUUCCAGUGGCUAAGGAAUCUCUGCAGUGGAAGCUACCAUGAGCAUCCUGUCCCUCAUACCUACGCACAGGCGGACGUGAACCCUGCGACACUGAGCUAUGGGAGGAGGCUCCUCCGUCACCGAGGUCAACUCCCCAAGGCCAAGUACAAGCGGCUGGCCCAGGAGCUAUUGGUGGAUCCCGACUGGCCGCCCAAACCCAAGACGAGCACCAAGGCGAGGGGCAUCGCCGCCGAGGGCGGGGGGCAGGGCUGGAGCCCGGGCAACACCGCCACCCAGUUAUGACUAACCGUUGGGGAAUCGGACUGGCUGAGGCCGCGUGGUUGGGGCUGAUGUUGGUGGUGAGGGGGCCAACCGGCAGCUGUGGUGUCAGGAGGGGGAGCGGCACCUGUGAGCACGCACCGGUUCCUGACAUUCCAUGCGGGUGAGGUCUCGGACGCCGGGUUACGCAUAUAUACCUGACCCCAUAGGUGCGAUUCCAGCGAAAGUGUGCGGGGGUGGUGGUCAGGGGAGCGAUUUGAAGCCCCUCCCCACCGCCACCGCACCCCGGCACCGGGACCACCCCUUGGCAUCAAAAUGGUCUACCCGCCCUACCUCAAACAACAAACUGGGCAAUUUGAGGUGGUGAUGUUGGCACACACUGACCUCCCCCACCACCACGCACCUGAUCCAUUCAGCAGCCCCUGUGUGUUUUGGGGCAGUUGCCAGAGAGAAGCUGUGUUGUGCCGAACGUCUGCCUUGCCCCUGUCGAAACCCCGCCCCCGCCGUGACUCUAAGAAACAAAUGGAAAUCACAAAGGGACUUCGUCAUUUGCUCUAAUGUUUGCUUUAACUUUCGAAAGCGGCCCAAUUUCAAUGCCCCUUUUCUGUUCAGGCGUGAAGAAACGUCAAAGCACAUGGAGAAAUGUAACAUUAAUUCCAAGAGGGAAAUGGUUGCUGUCUUCAUGAGGUUCAAGCGGUACUGUCGUGGCUUCAGACACAAUUCCCCAUCUCACUCAGGUUCCCCACCCCCCACUUUAACCAGGCUGUCAUGUUCAGCUACCAAGUUCUUACAAGGCCAGAUAUGUUUUGUUGGAAGGAAGAGCACGUUUAAUUUUCUCUGUGUCUCUCUGACUCUCUGUGUCUGUCUGUCUGUCUCUCUUACUUGAUGUCUGUCCUCACUUCCUCAACACCCUUGGGUUCCCUGUCACUCUCCCUCUCUUGCACUCUUCAACCCCACUCCCCUACACCCUCAUUCUCUCUCUCUUCUCACACGCCCCAACCCCCCAGUUGUCCUGUUCCCCCCCCUUCCACCAUCACUUGCACACUCCCCACACACCCCAGAUUGCAACCUGGGUUACAUAUUUGUUCUGUUUCAGCUCUUCUCUCCCUGACCCCCCAGUUCAGCAAUUGUACCAGUGGAUGGGUACCUGAGGAGGGGUAAGGCUGAAGCAACAAUGAAAAGUCAUCCUGAGUUUUGGGGAUGGGGUGUGGUGGGUGGUGGGGUUACAUGUAGAUGUAGUUACUGGGUGAGACGUUAUGGGAUGAGUGUUAGAGUCUGAUUGAAACUUGGGGCCACACAAUCAACUCUCAUGAGAGAACUCUUCAAUUGCACAACAAAUGAGGGAUACAUCCAUAAAUUAUUUAUUGCCACAAGUGCAGCGUUUUGGAGGAAGUGGGGUUGGGGUUCUUUUUAAAUUAUUCACCGCACAGGUCCUGCUCUGAGAGCGGUCUACUGGUCUCGCAGUUCAGACCAUUGAAAAGCCAGCACCUUCUAAUUUGGGAUAAAAAUAUAUUAAAGAGGCUUUGCUAUUGAAUAUUUUAAUUAAUAUAAAUUCACAAUAAAAAUAAUGA